AUGCAUACCUCGAUUCAGCAGUCUCAUGAGUCAUUUCAACUGACUUUACAAGAAGUUUUGACAACAAUAGGUCAACACCAGCAACCACAUCAACAACAACGCCAACACCAACGACGCGACGAGCAUGUUAUUGAAGACGAUGAGGAUAUGGUCGACGAGAAUCCGUUUGCUCCUCUUCAAGCACAAGUCAAUCGGCCUCGUAACUGGGAUCGUGGUCCAAUGGUCGAAGACCGACGUUGGGAAAACGGAUUCAAAUCAGACUUACCAGAGUUUACAGGGAGUAUCCGUGGAGAAGAACUGGUUGACUGGCUUGUCACAGUUGAAGAAAUCAUUGAAUUUAAACAGCUAGUGUCACGCUUUAUCGGCGGUUUACGGCCCCAACUUCAGAAUGCAUUGGAACAAAUUGAUCCCAACACAGUUGCAGAAGCCCAUCGUCGUGCGGCAUCGUUUGAAAGGCAAAGUAGAUCAUCAUCUACUAACUGGAACUCUUCUGCCAGAUUCCGUAAUACGACAUCUCAAGACCAAACAACGGGUCAAGGAUUGAACAAUACAAAUCCAGAAACAACGCGCGUCCCAGCUUCAAAUCGUGCAGCAACAUCAACUGAAGAACAAACACUCCGCCGCUCUUCGCGACCGAACGUAUUACGUUGUUUUACAUGUGGAGAACUAGGUCAUAUACAAACAGCUUGUCCAAACAAAUUGAAACGUGGUCUUUUAAUUGAAGAAAUUGAUCCCACCUAUGAUGACUAUCAUGAUGAUAAUGGAGACGAGUUGGGAGAAGACGCUGAACUCGAAGGUGACUCGGGUCCGCUAUUAGUAGCACGACGGAUCUGUUUAGCACCUCAAGUUUUAGAAGAACCAUGGCUGCGUACAAACAUUUUGCAGUCUACUUGUACGGUUAAAGGGAAAGUUUACAGCUUCAUUAUUGAUUCAGGAAGUUGCCACAAUAUAGUCUCUGAUUACGCAGUUCGCAAAUUGAGCCUUGAGAAGGAAGCUCAUCCUCACCCAUAUAAGCUAACAUGGUUGAAAGCAGGGACAGAGGUACGAGUUACCCAUCGAUCAUUGGUGUCAUUCUCGAUUGGAGCAAUUUACAAAGACAAAAUUUAUUGUGACGUUGUUCCGAUGGACGUCGGUCACUUGAUUUUUGGGAGACCUUGGCAGUAUGAUCGUGAGACAACCCAUGACGGGAAACGUAACUGCUACUGUUUUGUCUUUGAUAAUCGUACAAUCACACUCUUACCAAAGGAACCCUCUCUUCCAUCACCAGCGAAUCAAGCUACUUGUCCAGCACCUACUCAGCCGGUUGAGUCUUGUUCAAAACCUGCUUUGAUCUGUUCGGUUAGUGCAUUUGAGGAAGAGCUACGACAGACUGGUUUCGCUUUGGCUUUACUGUCCGUUUCAGACAGAGCUGUGAGUUCUCAGUCACAUAACAUGGAUUUUAGUCCACUCCUUGAAGAAUAUACAGAUGUGUUUCCAGACGACUUGCCAAAGAAGCUACCUCCGUUAAGAGAUAUUCAACAUCAUAUUGACUUGGUGCCAGGAGCUUCACUGCCUAAUAGACCGCAUUAUCAGAUGAGUCCACAAGAACAUGACGAGUUACGCCGACAAGUCGAAAGCUUAUUGUCGAAAGGACAUAUCUGCAAAGUCUCAGCCCAUGUGCGUAUGUGUGUUGAUAGUCGUGCUAUCAAUAAGAUAACAGUGCGUUAUCGUUUCCCUAUUCCACGCCUCGAUGACCUAUUAGAUCAAAUUGGCACCGCUACAAUCUUCUCCAAAAUUGAUCUAAAGAGCGGUUAUCACCAGAUUAGAGUUCGUCCUGGAGAUGAAUGGAAAACAACUUUCAAAACUCGGGAAGGUUUGUUUGAGUGGCUUGUUAUGCCCUUUGGAUUAUCUAAUGCACCAAGCACUUUUAUGCGAGUAAUGAAUCAAGCUCUUCGUCCUUUCAUUGGAAAAUUCGUGGUGGUCUAUUUUGAUGAUAUUCUUAUAUUUAGUUCUUCCUUGGCCGACCAUCUUGUCCAUAUUCGUGAAGUCUUGAGUGUUCUACGGAAGGAAAGACUUUUUGCCGCCAAACAAAAGUGUCAAUUUGGUACAGACCAUGUCUUGUUCUUAGGAUAUAUGAUAUCCAAAGAUGGUUUAUCAGUGGAUAUUUCAAAAGUCGAAUCCAUCAAGUCAUGGCCAGUUCCACGGACAAUCUCAGAUGUUCGUAGUUUUCAUGGUUUGGCGUCAUUUUACAGACGGUUUGUUGCAAAUUUCAGUAGUAUUACGGCUCCAAUAACUGACUGCAUGCGUGAAGGGAAGUUUGAAUGGACGACUGCUGCGAAUCAGGCUUUUGAGAUCAUCAAGACAAAGUUAACAACAGCGCUGGUACUCGUCUUACCCGAUUUCUCUCUAACCUUUGAACUCCAUUGCGAUGCAUCAAAGUUGGGGAUAUGA